GAAAACACACACUUUCGAUUGGCCGAAAAAGUAAAUCACGUGACAAGCUGGAGUACACCAGAUUGGAGUACACCAGAUUUCUGGAAAGAAGAUCUGCCCUGGAGAGGCCGCUGUGGCCAAGUGGUGAAGGCGUCCGACAUUCCGCUACCACUGGCCCUCCUUCACUGGGUCGCAGGUUCGAGACCUACAUGGGGCAGUCGCCAGAGAAAGACCUCAACGGAAAGACCAUCAAGGUUGAGAUUGCAGAGAGGAAGAUCAACCCCCUGGAAAUGAGAGGAGGCUUUGGAGGAGGAGGUGGUUUCUUUGGCGACCGUGGUGGUGGAGACCGCGGCAGAGGAGGAUAUGGUGGUGGUCGCGGAGGCGGUGGCGGUAGAGGAAGGGAUGAUGAUGGUGGCAGUGGACGCCCAGAGAUGGAACAGAUGAUGGACACUAUCUUUGUGUCGGGACUCGGGGAGGAUGCCGAUGAGGACGCUCUCUUCAACCACUUCGGAAGCCUUGGUGUCAUCAAGACUGACCGUAGGACCGGCAAGCCAAAGAUCUGGAUCUACAAGGAUAAGAUAUCUGGCAGGCAUAAAGGCGAGGCCACCAUUACCUAUGAUGAUUCUGAAUCUGCCAAGGCAGCCAUCAACUGGUGCAAUGAGAAAGGCUUCAACGUAAAGACCAUCCAGGUUGAGAUUGCAGAGAGGAAGAUCAACUCCCUGGCAAUGAGAGGAGGCCGUGGAGGAGGACGAGGUGGUUUCUGUGGGGACCGUGGUGGUGGAGACCGCGGCAGAGGAGGAUAUGGUGGUGGUCGCGGAGGCGGUGGCGGUGGAGGUGGAUCAGAGAGAUCCGGAGACUGGGUAUGCGAGGAAGAUGGCUGUAACAACAAGAACUUUGCCUGGAGGAAUUCGUGUAAUCUCUGUAACAGUCCCCGCCCAAACGGUGGUGAUGAUGAUGGCUGCUCUGGAGGAUACCGUGGCCGUGGGCUUGGAGGUUUUGAUAGUGGGGGUCGUGGAGGAUUUGACAGAGGACGUGGUGACCCCAGAUUUGGAGGAUGCCUUGGUGGAUUUGGAGACCGUGGAGGACGAGGUGGAGUUGGUGACAGAGGCCGUGGAGGACCUAGAGGUGGACGAGGCGGAUUCGGAGACCGGGGACGUGUAGGAUUUGGUGACCGACGAUGAAAGGACAGAAAGAGAAGUCUUUUGGAUUCAGAGAUAAUCUCCGGAAACGGAAGUGUGGAGGGACGGAUAAACUGACAGACUGAAGGCACGUUGAUUACAACAGGGAAAUGCAGAUCCCUAGUAAUAAUUUAAUAUUAAAGAAGACAUUCAAAUUAUAACAUUACCAAAUGUAAUAAAAUAUGACACCGCUAAAAAUUAGUUUGGAUACAGGGCUCGUUGAGUAAAUCUGCAUUUGAAUUUAGAUAUAAAGUUUUUCUCUCAGAAAUGAAUAUCAUGGUAAGUAAUUAUUCCCUGAAAGUAUUAUACAAUAAUGCGACACAAGCAUGAUAAAUCUUAAAGUGUCCGUGUGUUUUCCGGGUGCUGCAGUUUUGGUCCGCCAUCCUAACCUGGCUUGUCCCUAAUAGACCAAAGCUGAUUAUGUAUUUAAAGCA